CAGGCCUCGUGUAUGCCAGUUUGCUAUCGAGAGGGUAAAUUUGAUUAGGAUGUUACCACACUCACCUGGCUCCAGGACCAGGCACACAUCCUAUGAUACACCCUUAUCUACGCCAACGAUGCGCCAAGCUUUAGCGUGCGCAUGGGGGGACAACAUAAAAUAGGCGAACCAGCUUCCCCAAUAGUCCGACUUGCAAGCGCCGGAUUCCAGCUUCUUCCUCAGUCCGCAGUUCGGCUACGCCCUCACGUCUUCUCAAGAUGAGUUUGGAAUCCUCCGGUGUACUCAAGGACCAGAAUCAUCAUGCAGGAGUUUCUUUGUCGACCAAGGAUGUCGACACUGGUGCUCAGCUCGUCUCUGGGUUAACUUCAAUUCUUCAUCCCGAUGAGGCUUUGAGAAUAAGGUGCGUUGUAAAACUGCAUGCUCAUCAACAUCAUUCGAUUUCGGUCCAAUUCAUGGACAAGACAACCUUGGGGCAGGCUACGAACCUGACUACGAAUGAGCUUGGCACAGUGUUCUACCUCAGUUAUCUUGUCUUCGAGUAUCCCCAGAACCUUGCCCUUCAAAGAUUCCCGGUCGGGAAAUGGAUGAGUAUCAAUAUCUUCGUCUGGGCAAUCGCACUGGCAUGUCACGCAGCAUGCAAAAACUUUGCUGGGCUUCUUGUUGUGCGCCUGUUGCUAGGUGUAUGUGAGGGGUCGAUCACUGCUGGAUUCUUGAUUGUUAGCUCCAUGUUCUACACGCGGACGGAACAGACCUUACGGGUUGGUUAUUGGUUUCUGAUGAAUGGUACUGCACAAAUCAUCUCUGGUUUCAUCAGCUUCGGUACUUUGCACAUCAAUACCACAGGGUUUGAACCGUGGCAAUGGCUUAUGAUUAUCACUGGAUUGAUUACAAUGAUCCUUGCCAUCUCAUUCUGGUUCUUCUUCCCUGACUCGCCUACGAACGCCUGGUUCCUCACUCCUGACGAACGGGCGAAAGCUGUGCAACGAAUCAAAGAAAACCAAACAGGUGUAGAGAACAAACGAUUCAAGAAGGAGCAGAUGAUCGAAGCCCUAACUGACCCUAAGACAUGGCUCUUCGCCCUCUUCUCGGCUUUGGACAAUGUGCCUAACUCAUUGACAAACCAGCAAACACUCAUCCUCGCUUCGUUCGGAUUCAACGCUCUACAGACGACUCUGUUGUCCUGUGUUCCUGGUGUCAUUGAAAUCUUGACAAUCUUUACUGGUGUUCGGCUCGCUGUACGACGGCCCAAUUCCAGAGCAUAUGUUGGUGCUAUGUACUUCGUCCCGUCGUGGCUCGGCAUCUUGUUGGUCAACCUACUUCCUUGGUCGAAUCAGACUGGACUUCUUAUCGGCCAGUUUCUGACUGGGUGCAGCGUACCUGGGUUCGUGCUAUCGUUGUCAUGGCUUAAUAGUGUGACUGCUGGCCAUACGAAGAAGGUUGUUACUAACGCCAUUAUGCUCUCGGCGUACUGCAUUGGCAAUGCAGCCGGCCCCUUCAUGUGGAAGACACAAUACAAGCCGCGUAACCACGUUCCAUGGGCUGUGAUCGGUGCAUGUUACGUCAUCUGCCCGGUACUUCUCCUUGUCAUCCGUGUCGUUCUCGCCCGAGAGAACAAAAUCCGUGACGCUGAGCCUGUUGACGACGAGGAAGAAUAUGUUAUCGAGAAAAUCACUGAGGAUGGGAAGCGUGUAGAAGUUAAGGUCGACAAGGAAUUCCUGGAUUUGACAGAUAGGCAAAACAGGGACUUCAGAUACGUUUUGUAACAUUAAGCAUGCAUGAUCCCUCUGCACAUUCAUUUGUGGUAUCAUAACAUUGCACCCUUACGUACAUAUCAAUUACAAGAAACUGCGCCCACUC